CACAGUCCACGCGCUUUAAGGAUGCUCAGCGGAAAGACUGACAGCAGCAUUCUCCAGUCCCCGCCCACUUUAGGGAGGGAGUUCCUGGCCGGGUGGCUUGUUACGACAGCCGGGAGAAAGAAGCACGGUCGCAGAGAGGACACUGUCCGAGCAAGACCAAAAAGUGAAACGCAGUGUGUCCAUCGAUGCCCGUUCCUCUUCAUUAAGAAUCGCUGCCAACUGUUAGCAGGUCCGUGAAGAUAGUGGUUUUCCGUUACAGCCUCUACAUUCCCCUGUUCUGAACGGGUCUUCUAGUGGGCGUGCAGGUCCUGCCGGGUUCAGACUGCACAUUAACUGGACAGACCGAGAAGCACCCAAGACAACAUCCGUGGAGCGGAAAUAUAAACGCUUCCCAGGAGAGGAAGAACGGAACGACUCCAGCUGGAACCAAACUGGCAACCCCUGUCCCGAGACAUUACUGUAGAACCCCCUUCCCCCCCGCCCCCCUCCUGAAUUUUACCUAACAACACAUGACGCAGAUAAGGAGUGAACAUGGACGAAUGUUAAUUUCUACUCCUCGCCUCCUCGUUGUUUCUUUUGAAAGGGAAAAGAGCAACAGAACACUCCUUACAUCAGCAAGAUUAACCACUGACCUUUCACACUCCUGAUUGCAUCACUGUAUGUCACUUAAAGUACUCUCCGCACUUGGCCAUUUGAUACAGUCUAAUGGUGCUUCCCACUUCUGCAUGAGUUCCAGUUCCUGUGCUUGGAUCAAGAAGAGGGAUUUUUCCCAUAUAAUUUAUUUAUUAUAAUUAUUUCUAAAAAUAAGUUUUCUUUUACUGCUGGUGAAGUCAUGGGUGCGACAGGCUACGGGUACUACCGCGUCAGCAUCUUCCUGGCCAUGUUUGUGGGCUACACCCUGUACUACUUCAACAGGAAGACCUUUUCCUUCGUCAUGCCCUCGGUGAUGGAUGAGAUCGAGCUCGACAAGGAUGACUUGGGCCUCAUCACCAGCAGCCAGACUCUGGCCUACGCCAUCAGUAAGUUCAUCAGCGGCGUGCUGUCCGACCAGAUGAGCGCCCGCUGGCUGUUCUCCCUCGGUCUCUUCGCGGUGGGCGCCGUCAACGUGGUCUUCUCCUGGUCCUCCACCGUGCCCCUGUUCGCCGGGCUGUGGUUCGUCAACGGGCUGGGCCAGGGCCUGGGGUGGCCCCCCUGCGGGAAGGUGCUGCGCAAGUGGUACGAGCCGUCCCAAUUCGGAACAUGGUGGGCGGUACUGUCCUGCAGCAUGAACCUGGCGGGGGGGCUGGGACCCAUCGUCGCCGCGGUGAUGGCCCACAGCUACAGCUGGAGGACCACGCUGUCCUACUCCGGGAUGGUCUGCAUGGCCAUCUCCGUCCUCUGCCUCCUCUUCAUCAAGAACGAGCCGGCCGACGUGGGCCUGCCCAACAUCCAGCCCGCGGCCAAGAAGGGCAAAGGAGGUUCCAGUCAGGAGAGCACGCUGAAAGAGUUCCUCCUGUCCCCCUACCUGUGGCUGCUCUCCAUGGCCUUCCUCAUGGUGUUCGGCGUGAAGACGGCCUGCACCGACUGGGGCCAGCUCUUCCUCAUACAGGAGAAGGGCCAGUCCGUUCUCAUGGGCAGCUCCUACAUGAGUGCGCUGGAGAUCGGGGGGCUGGUGGGUAGCGUCGCCGCGGGAUACCUGUCCGACAAGGCUGUCGCCCGGCAAGGACUGCGUAGCCACGGCAACCCUCGCCACGGCCUCCUCAUCUCCAUGAUGGUUGGGAUGUACGUGUCCAUGUACCUCUUCCGGGUCACCGUCAGUCCAGACACAAAGGAAGUUCCCAUUUGGAUGGAGGCACUUCACCCUUUCUCUGUCCUCACGGGUUUAUCGGAACAAGAGAUCUGGAUUCUCUCUCUGGGAGCCCUUUUUGGUUUCUCAUCCUGUGGACCAAUCGCAUUGAUCGGUGUGAUAGCCAGUGAGAGUGCACCUUCAAACUACUGUGGGACAUCACACGCUAUUGUUGCCCUGAUGGCAAAUGUUGGUGGCUUCCUUGCUGGGCUGCCGUUCAGCACCAUUGCCAAGCACCACAGCUGGGACAUGGCUUUCUGGGUAGCGGAGGUGGUCUGCGCCGUGACGACCGUCGGCUUCUUCCUGCUCCGGAACAUCCGCACCAAGAUGGGGGCCGUGCCCGAGAAGAUCGACUGAUCCCCCAGACCACAUGACACUCCACUGCCAAUGAGGAGAGUCCAGCCACUGUCACAGCCAAUCAGUCCCCUGUAGAAGCUUACUCUGCACUCUGUGAUAGGUCUCCCAGAAGGGGUGGCAGAAUCAGCCGAUCAAAUUUCUGUAAAUACAACCCUGAAGAAUACUGAAAAGUGCUCACACUGUCUCAAUUGUAAAGCUUCACCAGUUUUAAUAUGUUUGGCAAUAACCUUUAAACUGUGAUGCAUGAAAGUUGGUGAGGCUCUGCAGAAGACGAUGCAAAAGCUUUUAUUGUAAUACAUAUUCUCUCCAAACAGCCUUAGAAAGGUACAUUAUAAACACUACACUGCCAGUGUGGUUUAACCCAAAGCAUAUUGAAGAAUAAUCGUUAGUGUAAAAAAGUAAUAACAAUGACGAAAGUGAUAAAGGUUAUGAUGUGUAAAUGAGCAACGUGAGGGUGUAAAUAAUGUCCAUUAUCAAACACAUAAAUAACGUUCCACAAUUUUCAGCACCAUCAGUUACACUCAGUGUAGGAAACACUCAUGAAGGAUAGCCUCAUGUCUACAGUACGAUACUGUAACUUGACAACUGUGAACAUGAGGUCAAAACAACAUGACCCAGAAUGCAGUUUGAACCUAAAUGACCGAAAGGUCAUUCAUAAUGCAUGCCAGUCCUGCACACAGUCCUAGUAUUUGUCCGUAUUUAUUUUAGAUGCGUUUUAGACUUACUGUACACUAUCUACCUAUGGAAAGCACAGCUGGUCCACCACUGUGCAACGCAACAUCGAUUUCAAGCACUGACGACCAGAUUUUGAAUGUAAUUUACUUCUUAAAUACUAUAAAUGGGCCUGAAACCCUUAUCUAUGUCUAUGGAAUGUAGUACGUCUGGUUUAUUCUCCACUUAGUUUAAUUAAUGAUAGUGAGAACGUAAUCCUCAUUCAAUGUGCAUACUUGUCUUAUAACAUUGCCAGUUUAUACAUGUAUUCACCAGCAGUAAAACUACUUUUUCAUUAUUACAGAUUACAUUUUAGCUACAUUACAUUACAUUUUAAAGAUAAUGAGGGAAAAGAAGAGCAAGAGCUGAGUUUACAUUAAGGUUUACAUAUUACAUUAUGUUUGUGAAAUACAGUGGUACUUUUAUUCAUUUUGGCCAAUAUGUUUUGCCUUUAAAAUGUGAAUGUUUAAAGGGUUUUCAUUUAUUUGUUUUUAAAUCUCCUUUCAGUGUAAAUGAUGUGGCACUGUAGGGGGAUUCAGUCUAACUGAGGAGUUUCAAAGUCCUGGCGGGCCACAGUGUCUGCAGGUUUUCGUAGAUUCUUUUUAAUUAGCAGCCAUUUUUUUUAACAAGAUGUCAGGAAUCUUUACCCCAAUGAUUCCUUAAAUAAAUCUCUUAAGUGUUGAACCAGAAGACACUAUGGCCCUCGAGGACUGGAGUCUGUCUCCACCCAUUUUGUUUUUAAUAUAAUGAAUAUGAGCUGGUACUUUGCAAUUUGUAUGUCAGCUUAAUUUUAGUCAACCUUUUAACCUGAAAAUAGUUUUAAAAAAUAAUAUAAAAAUAAUUUUUGCCUUGAAGAUUAAGUGUACCUUAGAAAAACCAUACCUUAGACUGAAUCCCCUCAGAUUCAAAAUGACCUGUUUUGUGUUUGUAAAUCUGAAAAAAUAAGGUUUUGCUUUUGUGAUAUUUCAAUAUGCCAGUACACUUUUUGUUCUUUCUUCAAAAUAUAAUUUGUGUUUGAUGAACGUUGUGUGGAAUGCUAGGCUAUGACUGGAAUGAGACCCGUGUAAAUGUAUUCAUGGCCAGAACAUGACAAUGUAUUGCACAACUAUCCAUUUCUACAGACUCACAGUAGAUGACUGAGUGAUGAAACCAGUUGUUAAUUGCAACACUACAGAGUCAUAUAAGCUGCAUCUAUUGAUGCGAUAUGGUUCUGUUAGAAUCUGUAUAGAUGGAACUGUUAAUGAAUAAGUAUUAUUUAUGGCUUUUUGAGCACUAAACUUGUUAGAUAACAGCAUCACAAAAAAAUACAAUAAAUUAUUUUUCUUUGCCA